GUGCAGUACACUGAUUCUGCUUUGUGUGUGUGUGCGCGAGUGUGAGUGUGUUUGUGGGUGUGUGUGUGAGAGAGAAAUGACUUCAUCGCACCCCCUUUUAACUUAAAUUCGUGUAACCAGCUGGUUGCUGGUCGCCACAGGCAAAUCCGAGCACCCAAUAGUGCCUGCCGCAGCGAGGAGGAACUGCAGCAUGUACGUGUUUGGAGGGAUGUCGGCGAGAAUUCAUUACGAUCGCCUGCGUGCAGAGGGCGCAGGCAGCAACGAUCGGGCACUGCCCUUCCUCAACCAGGACUACGAGGCACUGAAGCAGGAGUGCUUGGAAAACGGCAUUCUCUUCGAGGAUCCAUGUUUUCCGGCGCGUCCACCAUCAUUGGGAUUCAAGGAACUUGCGCCUCACUCGUCUAAAACACGUGGAGUCGAGUGGAAGCGGCCCACAGAGCUGACUACUGAUCCUCAGUUUAUUGUGGGUGGAGCCACUAGGACUGAUAUCUGCCAAGGAGCUCUGGGCGACUGCUGGCUUUUGGCUGCGAUUGCGUCGCUCACGCUCAACGAUAAGCUCUUACUCCGGGUGGUUCCUCAUGGCCAGAACUUCACGGAUGACUAUGUUGGGAUUUUCCACUUUCAGUUCUGGCAGUUCGGCGACUGGGUGGACGUCGUCAUUGAUGACCGGCUGCCCGUCAAAGAUGGCGAGCUCUUGUUCGUGCACUCGGCGGAAGGCUCCGAGUUUUGGAGCGCCCUCCUGGAGAAAGCCUAUGCUAAGCUAAACGGCUCGUACGAGGCUCUGUCCGGAGGAUCCACCACUGAAGGGUUUGAGGAUUUCACAGGCGGCGUGUCCGAGAUGUAUGAACUGAAGUCUGCGCCCAGAGAUCUGCCCCGCAUCAUUACCAAGGCCCUGGAGCGAGGGUCGCUUCUCGGCUGCUCUAUAGACAUCACUAGUGCUUUCGACAUGGAAGCGGUGACCUUCAAGAAGCUGGUGAAAGGUCACGCCUACUCCGUGACGGGACUCCGAGAGGUGGAUUACCGUGGUAACAGAGAGAGGCUGAUCCGUAUACGGAACCCAUGGGGGCAGGUCGAGUGGACAGGGGCGUGGAGCGACGAUUCAUCCGAAUGGGACCAGAUCGAUCCGUCUGAUAGAGAGGAGCUGAACUGCAAGAAAGAGGACGGCGAGUUCUGGAUGUCGUUUCAGGAAUUCAAGCGCCAGUUCUCGCGCUUGGAGAUCUGCAACCUGACGCCGGACGCGCUGAGCGACGACAGCCUGAGCUUCUGGAACACUAUCAAGUUCGAGGGCACCUGGAGAAGAGGCAGCACGGCGGGGGGCUGCAGGAAUCAUCCCAACACGUUCUGGAUAAACCCACAGUACAAGAUCACGCUCCUGGAGGAGGACGAUGACCCUGACGAUCCCGAGGUGGCUUGCAGUUUCCUAGUGGCACUGAUGCAAAAGGACCGGCGGCGCUACCGCAAACAGGGCCAGGACAUGCAGACGAUCGGAUUCGCCAUCUACGAGGUCCCAGAAGAGAACCGUGGUUGCCAGAGCGUUCACCUAAAGAAGGAGUUUUUCCUGCGCAACUCGUCCUGCGCUCGUUCGGAGACCUUCAUCAACCUGCGCGAGGUGAGCACGCGACUCCGACUGCCUCCCGGCGAGUACCUCGUCGUGCCUUCCACAUUCGAACCGGGAAAAGAGGCCGACUUCGUUCUUCGGUUCACAGAGAAACAAUCCGAGACCGAAGAGAUGGACGACGAGGUCGAGUUCACGCUGGGUGAAGAGGAGGACAUCACCGAGGACGAUAUCGACUCCUCGUUCCGGAACAUGUUCGCUCAGCUUUCCGGCGAGGACAUGGAGAUAUCGGUGAAUGAGCUGAGGACCAUCCUGAACAGAGUAGUGUCCAAACAUCGCGAUUUGAAGACGGACGGGUUCAGUAUGGAAUCAUGCAGGUGUAUGGUGGCCCUCAUGGACAAAGACGGAAGUGCACGCCUGGGACUCGUGGAGUUCCAGAUCCUGUGGAAUAAGAUCAGGAAGUGGCUGGGAAUCUUCCGGGAAUUCGACCUGGACAAAUCGGGAACCAUGAGCUCGUACGAGAUGCGAUUGGCUAUGGAGUCUGCGGGUUUUAAGCUGAACAACAAGCUGAACCAGGUUCUGGUGGCGCGUUACGCAGACCAAGAGACGAUCGACUUCGACAACUUCAUCUGCUGCCUGGUCAAACUCGAGUCCAUGUUUAGAGUCUUUAUGCAGAUGGAUAACGAGGGCUCCGGGGUCGCGGAGCUUAAUCUCCCUGAGUGGCUUUACCUGACCAUGUGCGGCUGAGCCUCUGGAAAAUUCUGGACCGUCGGCCGUUCCCAGGGACGCAGAAGAAACGGUCCAUCCUGCCUUAACCACUUCACCGCUAACUAUACAUCUCGGACACCUUAAUACGUUCCUGACUAUGCAACAGCUUAGUACCUAAAAUCGAAUUAUAAUUACAUUACCUAGGUUUACGUUGCACUCCACACACACACACUCAAACAGCUGCAUGUAUAAUGAAGAGAAGCAAAGGAAUCUUGCAUGUCACUAACCUUAUUUUGUAGCCUUUUCUUAAUCUAGAAUAUAUAUAUAUAAAUAUUUUUUUUCUCUUGUUUGGAAAUGUUUCAUUUGGUUGAAAUUACAAUCGCAUACCACUACACAUCCAUGAGAUGAUCCAGUACAUCGUAUAUCGUAACGUAUAAACGCAUUUAUGUCGCUGGAUAGAAAUAGCCAGAAGUUUUACAGUUACAAUCUUUUGAAUAUGUAUCAGAAAACCAGGGAUGAUAAUCCUAUAGGCUGUUUAUCAAGACGAUAUCGGUGUGUUUGUGCAAGCCAAACGAAGCCUUAAUAAAGAUCACGUUACAGUAUUUCACUGUAGGAUAUUUACUCAUACAAUGCUGCUUAAACAAUAAACUGAUGAUAAAGGGUU